GGCUUCCGACGUCUUUUCAUCUUUCGGCUCUUGCGCACCCUAGCCUUGGAUUUACUUCACGUCUAUCACUAACCCUUGCUUGUGUCGACUGUCGACUUCUACCUACGCGUACUGGUGUUUACUGGCCAUGGCCUCCAAUUCACCCCUUGCUCGUGCGGAUUCUAUCGCGAGUAUAUCAUCCGACGAUGCGGCAAGCUCUCUGAGCAUUCCAGUUGGUGGUCCCGACGCGUCACCCAUCUCCGGAUCAGCGUCAGCGGUGGGGAGCGCGGGUGGCACGACAGGCGGCGAUGGAGAGAAGAGGACGCGGAAAAGGUUCACGGAGUUGCAGCAGACGAUGCUGGAAAAUAUGUUCCAUAGGACGUCACAUCCUACGCGGGAGGAACGCGAGGCACUCGCGAACAACUUUGGAAUGCAAGCAAAAUCUGUGACCAUUUGGUUCCAAAAUCGUCGUCAGAACGAGCGUAAAGCGACGCGUCACACACCCACCAAGUCUUCCCCUUUAUCCCCCCAUACAAUCGCCUCUGCUCCCAACGCGUCCUAUUUCAGCCCAUCCUACAACGCUCCCACACCUUAUACGCCCUACGCCGCGCCAGCCGACACCCCGCACGCGAGCACAACUAAUCCUGUCCGGCGCACGUAUUCCAUGCCACAUCGGACGGCACACGACCGAGAAAGAGAACGCGAGGCUACGUUCUUCUUGUCCCCGACUCCUCAGCCCACGCGUUCCAGCACUCCCAAAGCCAAACACUUGCAUCACACCCAUAUCCACUCCCACAGCCUCCAGAAUCGUCCUUCGCUCGACCAAGUCGCGACUCUCAACGAGCUCCGCACCGCACCUCCACACACCCCCAAACGUCCCCCUCGAGCACACACUUACGGUGCCUCCGGUGCACUCUACGAUAACAUGCCCAGCUCUCCACUCGCUCCGCCUAGCCCGCCACCACGCGAGUACGUCGAGUUCGGGAAGAAGAGGACUACGACGAAGACGUUGGAGUGGGCCUGUGCGGCUGCGAGGUUGGUGAAUAAGGAGGGUGGGAGUAUGAGAGCUGGAGGAAGAUCGGACCUUGAGGAUGUGUAUGAGGGGAAUGAGAGUUCGGGGGCGUCGCCGUUGGUCAGGCGGCACAGUGAGCCAUUCUUGGGUGGGUCGGGCAGGAAAAGUGGUGGCAGUGCGGGGUCAAGUAGGCACGGUCAACGGUCGCGAUCGAGGAAAGGGGAGCGGGAGCUAGAAAGAAGCACGAGUCGGAGGAAGGAAGGGCCUACUAAGUCUCAUAAAAAGGAGAAGAGGGAGCUGGUUGAGGAAGGAGGAGGCGAGGAAACAGAAGAGGAUGAACCAGAGCUGAUUACGCCGUUCGGUAGUCAGGAGUACGCAGGUUAUCGUGCACAGUCGAAGGGUAAGGGAAAGGCCGUGGAGGAUGACAGCAUGGAUGUCGAUGUUGUCAGCGAGGGAGGGAACAACGCAGAGUUCGACGCUGCGCUGAUACUAGCUCAAAUGGGGAGGGCGAUGAGAUAG